CUGGUGGGUGGCCUCUUCUUUCUGGAACACAACCACAAACUGUCAAAGUUUCUGUACGAUCGGUUUCCAGUUAAUCGACGCCUAACCGAAGACGAGUUUGGCACAUGCCAGGCCCUGCUGAGAUAUGGAACGCCGUCAUCUGAGGUGCGGCAGUUUGUGGCGGAUGAAUUCGGAAAGAUUCUUACAACUAAGGAUAUACACAACUACCGCCGGAAGUGUCGACCGGCUAUGUUGAAUGAUAUGCCUUCGGUCCUGGCAAAACUUCGGGAGACCGGACGCGUUCUUGUGUGUCAGGGAGAGGAAGGUCACUAUAGCCACAUAUGUUUCUCCCGAUGGCAGCAGAUAGCGUUAUUCCGACGCUUUCCCGACGUAGUGAAUGUGGACGGGACACAUGCAACAAACCGCCUUGGAUAUAAACUAUACACAUUCUUGAUAACGGACGGCAUGGGAACCGGGCGUCCGGUUAUGUAUGCGUUCGUAGAGAGCGAGCAGUUUGCUCCCAUGCGUAAACUGUUCGGCUUGUUCAAAGAAAUGAUGGGCGAAGCGUAUCCGGUCAGGACCUUCGUAAUGGACAAGUUGGCGGCGCAAAUGCGUGCGGCAAGAGUAGUGUUCGGCUGUGACAUUAUGCUUUGCUACUUUCACGUCCGCAAAGCCAUCAGGAAGCACACACAUUCUGCGAACAGCCGGCACAUAUUUCACCGCAUGGCUCGCCUGGACAAUGCUGUACAAUUCCGACAAGAUCUACAGCUUCUGCGUCGAACCGACCCCCGUUUUCUCUCCUAUCUUACGGCUCGCUGGUUGUACAUCACCCGAAAAUGGGCCAUACACGCACAGUCCGGAAUGGUUCAUUUCGGUAAUGUGACCAACAACCGACUGGAGAAUGCGAACGGGCGCCUUAAAGAUCAGGUGCACCACUCCGACACGUUGGAGCAUGCCAUUCAAAAGGUGUCCCGGCACGCCGAGUGGCUCAUGCGGGAGUUUGAGAUGCAUACGUCGUACCACUGCGACAGGCGGCAAAUCCUGGAGGGUGACGCCUACGUUCUAAACGUAGUCUGUCGAAUGACGACAUAUGCAUGCUCUCUCGUUUUGAGGCACUUGGGUCCGCGACCGCCGCGGAUGCCGUAUGAAAGUGUCGGAACAAACAAGUUUGUGGUGCAAACACCCAGAUGCUCCCAGACUGUCGACACCUGUGCUGGAGAAUGCACAUGCCCUUUCUAUCAGGCGAUGUGGCUCCCCUGCGUACACCUGUUCUCUGUAGUUCGAGAUCAGUCCGUUCCGAGCACUCCGGGCCCAUCCAGAAAACACAGAGGUGUGCUUGCUACCCGGUCCGCAAAGAGGACGUCAUAUGAUGUUGACCUGGACCGAAGCAUGGAGUCCCAGCACAAUUUGUUCCCUGAGUUUGUGUGCGUCCGUGUUUUCGGGUCCACAGAGGAACUACUCGACAGCCGCGAUCUGAAUGCUCCAGUAAGUCGUCUGAGCUCUUUGGAAUCGCAUUUGGGUGGUCGAUUCGGAGUCGAUGCUCGUCGCACAGACAACGGAGGUCGACUCCUUCAGUUGUGUGCUGAUCACGAACUGUUUCUGGCAAGUACGAACUUUCAACAUAAACGUUCGCAUCGCGUAACCUGGCGGCCACCAACCGCAAAUCGACCGUGGACCCAGCUGGGCCACGUGGCCAUCAGCCACCGGUGGAGAGCCACAAUUCAAGACUGUCGUUCCUUCUGGGGCACACCACUUGAUUCCGAUCACGCCAUGGUGCGCGCACGCCUGACAGUUCGUUUCCCUCCAGGCCCCCCGCAAGUCGGGCUGCUUGUCUGGCUACGUCAGCGACAUACCUCCAUCAAUCCAGAAUUUAUACCAACAUAUGAGGAUCCGGCACUUCCGUACAUCCAAGCCAUGUCCGUGUCGACAUUUCUCACUCUUCUUCUCAGUUGUUCCGAGAUACUGUUGUGUUUGCACUUAUCUUUACCGUCCUUACAGCUAGCCUAUCUGACAAUUUUCACACCCCUUCUGUUGGUUGGUUUGUUGGGUAUCUUUGGCUUCUUUUUUGUUAUGAUAGACUCUAGAUCCAUGUUUUCCUGGGCUCGUCGACGUCGCGCUCGGCAUCGGUUUCGGGCCAGAUCGGUUAUUGGACAAGAAACCUUUGAUGAAUUUGACCCUGCCUUUAUGCCAUCGCGUCCGCGUCGUGUGUGCUCGUUCACACUUGAGUUAUGCAUCGCGGCGAAUCUUCUGCAGCUGCUUUUUCUAAUCUCUCGUCUAGACAACUGGAUCCGUUCCAAAUGGAUUGUGACUUUCAUUCCAUCAUUCAUCCUUCUCGGAAUGGGUUUUAUAUUCUGUACGAUUGGAUUUAUCUUCGCUCUCAUCAGAUACUUUACUGCAUUUAACAUUCCUCCAACUCAGCGCAGACUUCCAGUCUACUACUAUGCCUCACAUAUCUUCAUCAAUUUCCUACUGUGUACUGCUGUCGCGUUUCUAGCUCUCCGUUUGGAUAAUUAUCUCUCCGCAGCUCAGAUCAGCUACUCGCUCAUUUGUGCCCCAGUCCUGCUCAGUCUCAUCAUCUAUUCGGUCAACUCGUUCUGUUUGGGACCAGGAAACCCAUGGUGGUUUGGGCUGAAUCGAAAUGUGCUACUGGCCGUUUUCGAGGCCUCUCCCGCAUUGCAGCUGUGUGCCAACACGUCAGUCACUCCAGCUGGCUUGUGGAAAUCGACUGCCAAUGGACACCACAUAUCGAAUGGUGUGAUUCCGAGGCAGCCAGAAUCGUUAACUCCUGGUGAUGUGAUCUCCGAUCCGAGCUCUCAAUUUUAUUCACAGUUCCCAUCCGUUCACCUCCAAGUGUCGUCUGCGAACUCGUGCGGUGAGACGCAGGCUAGUGUUCCGGGAAAUUCUGAACGCAGUGACCUCUCUGCACCCUCGACAUCGGUAUCUCCACUAUCACCGUCAAAGCCAACCAUCCACACGGCUGCGCAUGAAGAUACUGUCCAGCCUCUGCUACCUGACAAACAGCCCACCUCCGUGUCUCCCGAGAAUAAUCGACAGUUGGAGAGUGUUCGACAUCCAGAUUAACUUGUAGUAUAGCUAGCGCCACAGAGGCUGUGUUAUUCUCCACUCCCUUGCACCAUACUCCUCCCCCCACCACCAAGGCAUGAUUCUGACUUUAUUUUUCCUAGGCGAUGCAUUUUGUAACCCUUUGUUUCCCGUCUUCAUUCACUCCAUGGUUUCAGGCAUCCGUAGCUGUAUCAUUACUCCCCUCACCCCCCCCCCCCCGAAGCGCCAAUCUCAGUGAUUUGUCUACCAUAAUAAGCGAAAUCCACCGCCUCAUACACACACAUUCACUCACAUUCUGCACUCCAUCAAAGUACCUGUUUGUUUCAUGUCUUAUAAUACUUGUAUUUGUCACAGAUUGUACUCCUUUUUGAUGCGCUUCAAAUGCGCUAGUUCACUUUCACACCCAUCCAUCUUCCACAGAGAGAGUUAUUACUUUGUUCUAUUCAGUGUUCACCCAUAGCAGCCACGCAUCCGUCCUUGUGUGUUACCAAACAGACUGUGCAGCAUUCAUUCAGGACCGAAUCCAUCUGCCGCACUGAACAGCUCACGCUGGUUGUCUGUUCUUUUCACCUUUAGAUAUGGCUAAUAUUUUUCGGGUUGUAUCCUGUUGAUUUUUCUCACACAUUUCUCUGUUCAUUGCGCGUUUAAGUCCAUG